AUGACUCUCCAAUUAAGGAAACUUAUGAUCUGGUUUAGAGAUCAAAUUGCCAGUUUGCAGUUCCACACGAUAAUUGGAGAUCGGAUACCUGUGCGAGUGAUGGCUGCUUACUCCGAAGGAUCCCAUCCGUACCCAGUAGAAAAAGAGCUUGUCUCACUGGAUGGCGUUGGGAACUUUGCCCUCGCCAAAUCAGUCGACAUCAACGAUGAAAGAGCCUGGGAACGAAACAUACCGCCAAAGCUCCAAGUUCCUGUUCCCGCCAGCUACAACGAUAUUUUCAUUGAUUCAAAUAUUCGCAACCAUGUUGGAUGGGUCUACUACCAAAGGCGCUUCACCAUCCCACUGAACUGGUCUCAACAGCGUUACUUUCUGCGCUUUGACGCUGCCACGCAUCGAGGGCGUGUGUACCUUGACGAUCAGUUCGUAGCUGAACAUAUUGGGGGCUACACGCCAUUCGAAAUCAACAUCUCAGACAUUGUUCAGCCUGGCAAGCAAGUUCGCCUUACUGUGGCGGUUGACAAUGAACUUGACUGGCAUACUAUUCCACCAGGAAGGAUAGAGACACUCAAGAAUGGCAAGCGAAAGCAACAUUAUCAGCAUUACUUCUUUAACUAUGUAGGUCUUGCAAGAUCUGUGUGGCUAAUCACAGUUCCUAGUAUCUCUGUCAAUGACAUCACAGUUGUCACAAAGGUAGAGGGGACUACUGGUGUUGUGGACUUCCAUAUUGCUACAAGCAUCCCUCUGGACCACCACUCAAUCAAAGUGACACUUUUGGAUGAUGAUGGAUGUCCCGUUAGUCGCCGUUCUGGGUUGAAUGGCUCUCUGAUCGCUGAAUUGGUUCAUCUUUGGCAACCAGGAGCAGCGUAUCUCUACCAACUUCGUGUAGAAGUAUUCUCUGGGAGCACGGUAGUAGACACUUACGAACUACCAGUGGGGAUAAGAACAGUCGAGGUCUCAGAAAAUAAAUUCCUUAUCAAUGGAAAGCCAUUCUAUUUUACAGGAUUUGGUAAACACGAAGAUACACCAAUCCGAGGGAAGGGUCAUGAUUCAGCCUACAUGAUUCACGACUUCCAAUUGAUGCAGUGGAUGGGAGCCAACUCUUUCCGAACUUCUCAUUACCCAUAUACAGAAGAAGUUCUCGAGUAUGCGGACCGUCAUGGUAUCGUUGUCAUCAAUGAGACAGCUGCAGUCGGUCUCAACCUCACCAUUGUUGCUGGGCUCAUUGGGCACAAGCCAAUACCAACCUUUUCACCAGAGACGAUGAACGACGAAACACGCGCUUCUCAUGCUCAAGCCAUACGUGAGCUAAUUACUCGCGACAAAAAUCACCCUAGUGUUGUGAUGUGGACGAUUGCAAAUGAGCCUGCAGCCAGUGAGCCUGGUGUGAGAGAGUACAUGGAGCCACUUGUGAAACUGAACCGUGUAUUGGAUCCGACAAGGCCUAUAUGCUUUGCCAAUGAGAACCAAGCGAGCAUCCACACUGAUCUCAUUGCAGAUCUUUUCGAUGUAAUAUGCCUUAAUAGUUACUACGGCUGGUAUCUUAAUACAGGUGACCUCGAAGAAGCAGAGCAAGGUCUGGAAGAAUCUUUGCGGAGCUGGGAGGACAAAUAUGACAAAACAAUCAUCAUGACGGGGUAUGGCGCUAAUACCAUGGCUGGGCUGCAUACGGUUGGAGACAUUCCCUGGAGUGAGGAAUAUCAGACUCGGGUCCUAGAAAUGUCACAUCGAGUAUUCGAUAGGGUGGAGAGCGUUGUUGGAGAGCAAGUAUGGAAUUUUGCAGAUUUCCAGACUCCGUCUAGCUUCAUUUUUAGGGUGGAUGGCAACAAGAAAGGUGUAUUUACGCGGGAUCGGAGACCAAAGAGUGCUGUGCAGGUGCUCAGGAAGAGGUGGACCGAGAUGGCAGCUGUCAAUUAG